CCCUCUUGAAACGUUGGGAUCAUGCUGCCCAACAUGCCACCGAAUACUGUUGUCCGCGGCGCAAACGCUGCGGCGGUGGCGGCGGCGCAGCAACAGCAGCAGCAACAUGCGUACCAGCAACAGCAGCAGUCGUACGAGCACGUUCAAUUCGACCAGCAUGCUCAGCAACAGCAAUACCACUACGACCAACAACAACAGCAACAACAACAAUUUGCGCAUUUACAAGCCGCAUACGAUCAAGCUGCUGCGGCGGCGGCGGCCGCUGCGGCUGUUACAUCCUCAAGCCAGCAGUCGCAAGCCCCGUCGCCGUCGUUUGAAGACGAUGCCCCGCCAUCUCCUCCAUCGCAAUCGUUCGAGUCUGCCUACGGCGCACCGCCAUUGGAAGCGUUCUCAAUGGGCACAGUUCAGCACGAUCCAAAGCCACCGGCAAAGCGAAAGGGGGCUUUUCGCCAGGAACAUGCGAUCAAAUAUGGCCUCAAGGUCGUUGGACCGACGUCGGGUCCCGUUACCAAAGUGCAGUGCAUGUUCUGCGUACACUACGGCCGCGAGGCGUCGGCGGACGACACGAAGCGGAAGAUGAACGUGAAAGGCAUCAAAUACUGGACUCCUCCAUUCCGCACGGAUCACUAUGCUAUGCACCAUGACCUCCAACACAAAGUCAUGUUUCAGCACUACGAAAACGCAUCGUCGCAGGAGCGUUUGCACUUCUUCGAACCUGAUACGGUGCAUCGGUUGCGGCACUUGGUGCCCAAGGUCACGCCGUCGUCGUCGUCGCUCGAUAACUUGGACAAAGCCAAGGACACCAAGAUGAAGCGCGGGAAGACAUCCGGAUCACACUCCCGUGUCGACCCGGCGCCGACAAAACCGUCGCUUGAUCCGUUCAAGAUGAUGCUUCCGCCGACAGAGAUUCCCCAUGACAUGCAGACACUCGUGGAUAUUUACGUCGGACAUCAUUACACGCCGCUCGAAGAAAAGUGGAAAGCGCUCACAACCGUCGCAUCGCUGGUGGCGCAACAUGUCCGCAAUGGGUUCCUCGAAACGCAUAUCCGACGCGCACUGGUAGCUGGUGCAACCAAGUCCGAGAUUGUCCAGGUGAUCAUGCAGUCAGCUUCGUUCAUUGGCCUUCCCAAGACCAUGGAUGCGAUGAAGGUUGCUCACGACGUGUUUCUGCAAGGGACCGCCGACAGCCAGAACCAAAACACUGUCUUCUUGUAGUGAUAUGUCACGUAGUGUUACCGUGCGUCGAUCAGGGGCACUUCUUCCACUGGCAUGCUCAUGCAUUGCGGCGGAAGUGCUGUGCUCGCGCCGGGCAUGGUGUCGUGUGGGGGAAAAUUUAAAUAUCUAAUGUUGAUUGGUCAAUUUCAAA